CCCUUAUCUGGUCAUUACCAGGGUUUUCGACCUCCCCCCUGAAGUCCUGAAAGAGGGUCAAAAGACCCUGAGUCCAAACUGACGACUCUGAUGGCUCAAAUUAGCAUCCCUUCUUCAAUUGUACAUGUGGCCAUUGACCGUCGGGCCAGAAGGUAGGAGUGGAAAAUCAUGCAAAAAGUGUAAGCAAAAGAGAUCUGGGAGACUUUGCACAUGCAAAUUUGCAUGCAGCCUUUUGUGCUGUGGAGUAUAAAUAGGUGACUGCUUCACCUAUUUAGUUCACAAGAAACAAAAUGCAGACGAGGUUCACAGCUCAGAAGGCAUUGGAACUGAUUCAGAGCAGUGCCAGCCCUUGUGAUUCAGAUGGAGAAGACAUAGACCUUCAACCGGAUUCGGACUCUGAGCUGUCUUCAGAUGAGGAGACUCUCCCUCUACCAAAAAAGAGAGCUCGUUUGGGGAGUGAGCCGUCAGAGACCGCGAAAGAUGGCACAGUGUGGCGUGAAGAACAAGUGGGGACACAUCUCCAUUUCACUCCAAUAGAACCGUACGCCACAGAUGGAGAGCCAAGCGCUAAGGCCAGACGAAGUAUCCGGAGUCGCCUUCAGAGCUUCCUCUGUUUUAUCACUCUUGACAUGCUUCGUAGCAUUCAAGAAUGGACUACUCAACAUGCACGUCACACGGAGCAGCAGGAUUGGUUCAUGGAUCUCCCGGAACAAAUGGCAUUUAUUUCAGUCAUUAUCUUGCGGGGGGUGACCAAGGUUCCAUCACUAUGUGACAGCUGGUCAGCAAACCUGGCAAACCCAAGGAUCAUUGCAACUAUGGCCCGAAACCGCUUCCAAGACAUCAUGCGACACCUACGCUUUGAUGACAUGUUUACACGCAGUGAGCGAGCGGAGACCGAUAAGUUUGCUGCAAUCUCCGAUGUUUGGGGAUCGUUUGUCACCAACUGCAUCGCAUCCUACAACCCUGGUCGACACAUCACUAUUGAUGAACAGCUUUUUCCAUCAAAGACUCGCUGCUGUUUCCUGCAAUACAUUGCAACAAAACCGGACAAGUUUGGCAUCAAGUUUUGGGUGGCUUGCGACCUGAAAUCAAAGUACAUCUAUAAUAAUUUAAUACCUACAUAG